CCCUACUUACCUAUACGCCCUCUCCACCAUCUUCUCUUCUUCAACCUUCCUUAAUCUCUUUGUUUCCGUCUCUAUUUUCCUUCUAAAUCUCUGGUUGCUGUGGUUCCCAAAACCCACUUAUUGGUUCCUCUGCAGGAAUCAAAGCAUAGUAUAUUAUUGUUUUGAAACUUGAUGUUUGGCAUUGAUGACUGAAAUCCCUCUUUCCGAGUUUAUUAGGUUUAUGAUAAACUCCUCCUUCAGACGCAGGACCCACUUGGUUCAAUCUUUCUCCGUUGUCUUCCUCUACUGGUUCUAUGUUUUCUCAUUGAUCUCCACUUUCCCGUCACAUGUUCUGAUAGUAUAGAUAAGGUGUAAACUAUUAGUGUCUCUGGGUUCUGCGGAUUAUUUGUUCUUCAUUUUUUUUAUAUGUCCAUGGCCUCAUCAAGUGGAAACUCCUCCAUUAGCACAAAAUCUCAGAGCUCUGGCUCCGAGGGUGAUUUGCAGGUUGUGGUAGACGAGAGAAAGAAGAAGAGAAAACAAUCGAAUCGCGAAUCGGCGAGAAGAUCUCGGAUGCGAAAGCGUAAGCACUUGGACGAACUGACGAAGCAGGUUUCACAGCUCGCAAAGGGCAACGGCGAAAUCCUCGGCACCAUAGACAUAACCACACAGCAUUAUCUGAACGUUGAGGCAGAGAAUUCGAUUCUGAGGGCCCAAAUGGAGGAGCUUAGCCAACGGCUCCAAUCGUUAAACGACAUCGUCGACGGUAUCAUCAACCUCACCAACGCAACCACCGCCUACGAAAGGGACUGUUAUCUAACAAGCGCACAAAAUAUCACCACCAAGAACAACACGCUCUGUCUUAACCAACAAGCCGUUUUUCAGUGGUGAAUUGUCACCCUCGCUCUGCCUUUGCGGAUCUGACAAUAAAAAUAAUAAUUUGUUCUCUUGGAGUUGCUUCGGGGAGGAAUCAAUCAGUGAACAAAAAAUGAAAAGUUAAUGUGAAUUAGUACAGUACUUAGGGUGGGGCUAUAUAUAUGUUAAGUGGGAGAUUGAUAGAUAAACAGAAUUUGUGCAAAGUGCUUAAUGAAAAUGACCUGGUGGCCUGCAACUAUAUGUCAGGCAGGUCAUUAGUACUAAUGGAUCACUCUUGUCCAAUAUCAUGGAAAAAGAGAUUUCGGUGCAUGCUACUGUAGUUUACUAUUC